AUGACUGGGAGAAAAGCGAAAAAGCUGCGUUACCUGGAUUCGAAGGGGAUACUUUACUCUAACGGGAUAACAUACGAAGGAGGUGAGAAAUACUUGAAUGAACAGAACAAGGAAGAUUAUAGUUUUGUGAAAAAUUAUGGGGAAUUGCAAAUUUUGCUCAGAAAAGAAGAACAACAAUAUGAAUUUCUAAAAAAUCAGCUGAACUUGCUGCAAAAACAGAGGGACUUAUUGCAGUGGCAUAUUUGCAACAAUGUUAAAAAGCUAAGUAUGAAGAGAAGCGAAAAUAAAUUCAAAGAACAAUGUAAAUGUAAAUUGGAAGAAAAGUUGAAGCUAUUCAAAGAUAAAACAAAAAUUCAUAAGUUUGAACAUGACACACUGGAAGAAGACGUUAAUAAAAUGGAACAACAACUGGAUUAUAAAAUAAAACAUAAGGCCAAUGUAGAAACGAAAUUUAACAAAUGGAUGGAUAAGAAAAAUGAAUAUUUAAAAGACUUAACCUACGAAAGGAGGAACGCAUUUAGGGAGAGGAACAACAGACAAAACCAACUGAAAAAAUUAUUACUAGUAGUGAAGCAGGAGGAAAACAAGAACUACAAUAUGGACUACCUCAAGAAGUGUGAAAUUAACCUAAUGAAUGAAUUAAGUAAUCACAAGAAUUAUAAGAAGUUUGACACAAGCCUGGCUAUAACUCCAGGAUUGCUUUAA